AUGCUGGUUUGUAUAGAAAUGGUGAUUCUUGACAUCUUCCUGUAUAUAACUAUAAUACUUCUCUUGCUGUUGUAUGUGAUUAUUGUCUUUUGUGCCUUCACUCUUGGCUACGUGCUAAAUACUCACUUGCGAGAGGAACACAAGCUCGAGUUCUUGUUUGAUGCUAUUGUUGUCGAUGACGUACUGUAUGAAUUAUACAGUAGAGAACGCUACAUAAUAUAA